CUGGCAUCGUCACAUGACUGUGGGUGGGGAAGAAUAAAUGAGCACCAAAAAUCAACAUCAGGCAUGUAUUCAGCUGAAUGUUUGGAGAACUGACACUGCAGCGUGUGUCCCAACAGAAGACGCGUAACUUAGAAAGAAAUGGAUCCUUCAUUAAAGAAAUGUGUGACGACACUGGCUGUCCUCUUAUUUGCCCCAUAUAUUGUGGCGUAUCCAAAUGGGUUAGUUCAAGAGGCCUGUACCACAAUGGAGCCUAACCACGGAGUUUCAGCCCAAACAUCUAAAGCUCCUUAUACACUGCAGUUGUCCAAAAGCACCUACAAUCCUGGAGAUAACAUCACAGUGACUCUGAGCAGUAACCCUGGAGCAACACCGUUCAAAGGCUUUAUGAUCCAGGCUCGUGCAGGCAACAGUACGACCCCUCUUGGCUCUUUCCAAAUAAACAGCCCAGAUGCACAGCUUCUAACGUGUACCACAGCGGCCAGUGCGGUAAGUCACACAUCGGAUAGCUUGAAGACAAGUGUUCAGGUUACAUGGAUUGCUCCACACACCAUCGUUCCAAACGUUCAGCUCAGGGCAACAGUUGUGCAGAUUAGGAGCACCUACUGGCUGAAUGUGACCAGUGAAAACGGAUCCCAGCUCUUGACACCUGCCAAAAGUUUGAUUCUUCUGUGUACCACUCUUCUAACCCUCACAUUAUACAGAAUAUGAGAACAGAGCCUACUCAAGCAAAUCAUUCUGAAGCCAAGAGUGUCUCAUGUACUUUUAUAUAUGUAUUUUGCAAAAGUGUUUUUUAAGAUUAUAUAAGAUUACAAAGUAUAAA